CAGAUACACAGCUAUGAUUUAAUAAACAGAGAGGUGGACACAUCACUCUGUCCUCGCGGAUCUCGUCGCUGCACUGCAGGAGCUAUCCAUAUCCUCUUUUUGCUCUCACCACUACGCAUCCAUACCCCGGCGCAAGCACGGUCUUCUCCAACUGUCUCUAACAGAAUAUUCCAAUUCGAAUAUUACCACGUUGGAAAACAGCUUGUCUAGGCUACAGGUGGUGUUAAGAAGAUGAAACACGGAUUGUUGCUGGUGGGUCUGUUCCUCGCCAUGAAACUCUGCUCAAGCCAGUCCAGCUGUGAGGAGCCUUCUGCUGGGAUGCACAGAUCAACCGCAGACUCAGCGGAUACUCCAGGUCUUGAAAACCUCAAGCGGACCAUUCUGAAGAGAUAUAACGACCUGGAUUAUGACAGUUUCGUUGGGCUGAUGGGGAGAAGGGGCGCUGAUAUUUAUGAUCUACCACCCUCUCCACAUAAAAGAGAGAUGGAUGAUGUCUUUGUUGGGCUUAUGGGCAGAAGGAACUUGGAACAGGGUAUCAUACGUCCUUUGAGAAAGGAGGCGUACCCUGAGACAAGAAGAGGAGGCUUAUUCUUUAACAAGUGCAGGCUGAGGUUUCGUCGUGGGUUAUAGACAAGACAUUCAUCCAGACCCAUCCCUGACAUCCAGCCAAGGCAAAACCCCUUUUCAGAAGAUUGGAG